GUAAUUUAAGUGAAAUUCAAAAAAAUAUAAAGAAAUGCUUAGGGCAAUUGGUAAAACUACUCCACUACUAAUGGAAUCAAUCCUAAAGAAGACAUUAUCACUGUCCGCGUGCAGUCCAAAGAGUUUUGUCAUCAAAGAUCACUUUGAUUUCGAUAAAAAAGUGAUCAACUCUGAUCUUCCGAUCGUUGUAAAUUUCCAUGCUGAGUGGUGUGAACCAUGUAAACUCUUAACGCCAAAACUUACAGAGCUCUUAGAUGAGAAUCCUGACAUUGACCUAGCAAUUGUUGAUGUUGACACGAACAUCGACUUGGUGCAUUUGUUUGAAGUUAAAGCAGUGCCAGCCGUAUUAGCGUUUAGGAAUGGUGUUGUAGUUGAUAAGUUCAUUGGUCUAGUAGAUGCCAACAUGAUCGAAGAAUUGAUCGAAAAAUUACUUCGGAAAAAACGGUUAUGAGGACUAUAUAAUUUGCUAGACGAAACUUUUUUUACAUUUAUGUUAAAACAAUAAUUUUUUUCCCGAGAUA